CCAUCAAGUUUAGGCGGGAAUUGGAAAGCGUUGCUAAUUAGCCUAUAUCUUUUUGCCUCUCUUUCUCCUGCUCCUGCAGAUGGUACAGAAAAACCCUAGCACGAAAUGGGUCCAAGAAAGAAAUUGAAGUACUCAACACCAGCAACGAAGAAAUCGAACUCAAAUCAACAACGCUCGCAGCAGCCUGCCAAGCAUGGCAUUCAACAUUUCUUCCAUCGCCACACCCAGAACGCUCUUUUAGCCUCUCAAAGUUGCACAUCUUCUCAUUCACAGCUCACCCAUUCAGCCUCUCCCUCCGUUGCUCUUGCCCAUAACCCGCCUGUUGCCCCCAAUAUUCCCAAACAAGCCCCUCACCACUCUUCUACCCUUAACCCAUGUAAUGCAGCCAACCAAGCACUUCACGACCCUGCGAAUGGAAAUGCUCCAAAUUCUGCUGCUUCCGCUUUCCCAGUCCCUAAAGCCCCAAUUACGUCGCUACCAAUCCAUCCUAAUAUCACUAAUGGAUCCAAUGGAUGGAUUUUUGAUGCGGAAAAUGCCUCUCAGGCUUUUCUUUCUCAGAAUCUCACAAGCAAUGACAUGGAUGCAGCCGACAGUCCCGCCGACAUCUCGCCCGAAAUUUCCAAGUCCGUUUCUCUCGAUCUCCAACGCUUCAAAUUCUCACCUGGAAUGUUAAUAAAGCAAAGUCAGGAUGAUGGGGGUGACGAGAUCACUUGGAGGAUAUCUCCAGUGAAUGAAAGACUACAGGCUGUGUCGAAGCACAUGCCAGAAGUUGCUAAAUUGUCUACAGAUUCGUUAAAGAUUAACUCUUUAAGCAUGCGCCCGUGUUCAUUAAACCAGAUUUCUCACAUAGCUGGAAAGAUUGACAAGCGGUUCUCUUCACCAAGAAGGGAGGCCACCGAAACAACUAUCUUACCUGCCAACAGAGAGAACUUGGAAAGGGUAAACCCAUUUCAGGACAUGGCAAUCCAUGUAAGCAUGUCUGAAGUGAAUGGCUCCCUUGCUACUCGACAGAGUCCUUUCAGGACUCCACCAUCUCUAUCCUAUUGUCAUGAAAGGGCUGCUAAUGAUGUUCAAUGCAAUGAACUGUCGGAUCAACUGAUUUUGAGACAGCACAAAAAGGCCUUGCUUGAACUUUUAGAUCAAGUAGAAGAUGUGAUUUCUGUUGAAGAUUCUGUAUUGAUUGGCAAUAAAGCAUAUUCAUCUACGGUUCAACAUGUAAAUGGAAAAGAGAUGCCUCCCAAAUCUAAUCCUCUGGUACAAAGAGAGGCGCCAGGUCCUCAAGAAAAGUUAACUAGGUCAACAUCAAAUCAUAAAUUUCUCAUAUUGGAGGUAUCUGAGAAGCAUAGGCCUGGUGAUCCCUUUGGUGCUUAUUGCCCAUAUAAGGUUCUUCGCUUGUUGAAUGAGCAGGGUGGAGAAGAAAGACUUGUCUAUUUGCAUGGAGAGUGGUUUCACAGUGUCAUUGCACCCGGAGAUACUGUAAAUGUGAUUGGUGAAUUUGAUGACCAAGGAAAAUGUAAAGUGGACCAUGACCAUAAUCUUUUGAUUGUUCAUCCUGACAUUCUACUCUCUGGAACUCGGGUUGCUGCAAGUUUCAGUUGCCCCAGACGUAGUGUACUUGAUGAGAGGCUAAAAUGCUGUGAGCAUUCAGAUGCAGCAUUAAUUGGCACCUUGCUGCACCAAAUAUUUCAGGCUGGACUUAUGGAUGAGAAGCCUACAGUAAAAUUUCUGGAGCGGUAUGCGAGAGUAGUUCUCCAGAAAAAUAUUGACAGCUUGUAUGCAUGUGGAGUCAAUGAACAUGAUAUGUUGAAGACCUUGGUUGAGGCUAUUCCAAAAAUAUUAAAUUGGAUUAUCGCAUUCAAAGGUUCACAGGAUUCAAAAGUCCCUGUCGUUGAUUUUGGUUCUGAUUAUGGAUUGAGAAACCUAAAAAUAUCUGAGGUCAUUGAUAUUGAGGAGAUGGCAUGGGCCCCAAAGUAUGGGUUGAAGGGAAUAAUCGAUGCUUCUAUUAGAGUAAAAGUAGAGUCAUCUGGAAAUGAAGCAAAUGAGAAGAUUUUGCCGCUAGAGUUUAAAACUGGGAAAGUUCCUAAUGGACAGUCAUCUUUGGAACACUGUGCUCAAGUCAUCUUGUACACUCUCCUUAUGUCUGAGAGGUACUUGAGACAUAUCGAUUCUGGUAUUUUACAUUAUCUCUAUUCAGAUCAGACACAGGGAAUUAUGGUGCGAAGGUCUGAUGUGGUUGGGUUAAUUAUGCGUCGUAAUGAGCUUGCAAGUGACAUACUCAAGGCAUCAAAAAUGCAACAAUUGCCCCCAAUGCUUCGGAGUCCAAGCAUGUGCAGAAAUUGCCACCAUCUUGCUGUUUGUACCAUCUAUCAUAAGGUGCAUGGUGGAAGCACAGAAAGUAGUGGGCUUGGUGAUGUGUUUGAUUCACACGUUUACCAUUUGACUGCUGCUCAUUGUGCUUUCCUCCAACAAUGGGAUCGGUUGAUUGACUUAGAGGCUAAAGAGACACAACUUGUAAGGAGUGAAAUAUGGCAUUCAAAUGCUAUGAAGAGUGAUCGCUCCACUAAUUGUCUUUCAUCUAUUGUUCUUGAUGCUUCAAAUGGGUUCUCACAGCAAAAGUCUCUCAAGGAUAAUCGAUUCAUCUAUCGUUUUGUGCCUCGGAUAUUGCUUCCUCACAAUGUCUAUGCAUCUAAAGGAGAUUCUUUGGAUGCUCCAUCUCCUCCAGUGAAUGAUUUAGAUUGUACACUUAAAAUUGGAGACUAUGUGAUUCUUAGUACUGAAUCUGGUCAUCAGACUGUUGCAAGUGGUGUCAUAGCAGAUAUUGGUCAAUUUCAUGUUUCUGUUUCCUUGUCUAAGCGCUUAAGGCUUCCUAGUAGUAAUUCUCUUCCAGAAGCAAAUGAUCUCCUUCAGGAGGUGUGGCGCAUUGAUAAGGAUGAAACCAUGACUUCAUUUUCAGUUAUGCGGUCCAACCUUGUACAACUUUUUUUACAGAAUGCGCAGAGUUCUCAUCUUAGGAAUAUAAUUGUUGACCUUGAGCCUCCUAGAUUUGAUAGUGGGUGUGUAUUUAGCCAAGAUCCAGCAAUAUCUUAUAUUUGGUCAGUGAAGAGUUUAAAUGGUGAUCAGCGCCGAGCAAUUCUUAAGAUACUUACUGCUAAGGAUUAUGCUUUAAUACUUGGAAUGCCUGGGACAGGCAAGACAUCUACUAUGGUUUAUGCUGUCAAGGCCUUGUUGAUGAGAUGUGCAUCUAUCUUGCUUACGUCCUAUACAAACUCUGCUGUUGAUAAUUUACUAAUCAAAUUGAAAGCUCAGGGUAUUGAUUUUCUACGAAUUGGAAGACAUGAAGCUGUUCAUGAAGAAGUUAGGGCCAAUUGCUUUUCAGCAAUGGAUGUACAGAGUGUGGAAGAAAUUAGACUAAGAUUCAACCAAGUCAAAGUUGUUGCAGUAACUUGUUUGGGAAUUACUAGCCCCUUGCUUGCAAACAAGAAAUUUGAUGUAUGUAUCAUGGAUGAAGCUGGGCAGAUCACUCUCCCACAGAUAUCCCUGGGACCCUUGAUGUUUGCUUCAAAGUUUGUUCUUGUUGGUGAUCAUUAUCAAUUGCCUCCCCUUGUCCAGAGUACAGAGGCCCGAGAGAAUGGAAUGGGGAUAAGUUUGUUUUGCAGGCUCUCUGAAGCACAUCCUCAGGCAAUUUCAGCCUUGCAAAGCCAGUAUCGUAUGUGUCAAGGCAUUAUGGAACUAUCAAAUGCUUUGAUAUAUGGUGACAGAUUGCGAUGUGGUUCUCCUGAAAUAGCUAAUCGCAAACUUAAAUUUUCAAGGUUAAAAUCUUGUUCCUCAUGGCUCAAUGAGGUUUUGAAUCCACACAAACCCAUUGUAUUUAUUAACACAGAUAUGUUGCCUGCUCAUGAGUCAAAAGAUUCCAAGACUGUCAAUAACCCAGUGGAAGCUUACAUUAUUGCAGAGGUCGCGAAGGAAUUAAUUAAAUGUGGAAUUGAAAGCGAAGAUAUUGGAAUCAUUACCCCCUAUAACUCGCAGGCAAAUCUCAUCAGAACUGCUGUUUGCAUAAUCUCUGUGGAGAUAAAUACCAUUGACAAGUACCAGGGAAGAGACAAGGACUGCAUAUUGGUAUCCUUUGUUAGGUCUAGUGAAAAUCCUAGAAAUUAUAGUUCCUCACUGCUUGGUGACUGGCAUAGGAUUAAUGUAGCACUUACACGUGCUAAGAAAAAAUUGAUACUGGUGGGCUCAUGCAAAACCCUUUCAAACGUCCCACUACUGAAGCUUCUCAUUGAUAAGGUUAAUGAGCAAUCUGGCAUCUUGAACGUCUCCCACGAGGAUAUCAAGCUCGAAGAGCACAAUGUAGAGCAAGUGGGAUGCUGUUAGAUUAGAUUAAUAGGUUUCGGCUAAUUUUCUCAUUGCAAAAGUAAAUGGAAUUUUUUUUCCCUUGAAAUAUGUAUAUAAUUCUCAAAAUUUUUGCAACUGUCUAAAACAUUUAAUGCAAAUGAAAGAAAUUAAAUCGUACCCGUAUAAUAAAGUUUUAUAUCUUUUUCAUUAAUAAACACCUUGCAAGUGAAAGCCAUUCA